AUCUGGCAGUUGUGUAAAGAAGACAGCUAACGAAGGCAGUGUGGCUUGAAAUGUUAGUCGUUUUACAACCAUGGUUGAUAGUUAAAUCAUACAAGAGAAAUCACUGAAUGUUGUUUCCUGCAAGUUUAUCUGCAUUUAUCUGGUAUUAAACAAUACAAGGAAAAAACUGAGAUCGACCUAAUAUCUUCCGUCGUAUGAGACCUUCAAUUAAUAGAAACAUGGCGAAACAAAUUGUUCGUCGUGAACUAUUUUACAUAAUAUCCAUCAUAUGCCAGGGAGCUACCUUGUCUGUCUCUGGAUUCGAAACUUCAUCUUAUACAGGGGAACAUACGUUUCAUGCCGCUGAAAAUCGCGCUCUAAGAGAUUUUGCAUUUGUAACAAAAACUGUACGAUCUCGUGUCAUCUGUGGACGGGAAUGCAGCAUGGACAAACGUUGCAUGUCGUUUAACUUUAACGACUGCAAUAAAAUGUGCGAGCUGAACCUUGCAACAAGACGAGAGCAUCCCGAAGACUUCAAUGCAACUCAAGGGAGUGUGUACUUUGAUGCAGAUGAGGACACACCUAUCUACUCACUGGCUGAUAGCUCCUUCAAUCGCAACAGGAGUUGCAAGAUGCUCUUAGAUGCCGGUUAUCGUUCAAGCGGUAUCUACACAAUCUACCCAGAGGGAGUCGGGAAUGGCGGUCUUCGUGUCUACUGUGACAUGGAAACUGACGGCGGAGGAUGGAUCGUGUUUCAGAGGCGACAAGAUGGCAGCGUGGACUUCUACCGUAACUGGGCCGAGUACCAGUCUGGCUUUGGCGAUAUGUCCGGUGAGUUCUGGUUGGGCAACGACAACUUGGUGACUCUGACAUCUGAUGAUUCACUAGGAACAUGGGAGCUACGUGUUGAUUUAGAGGACUGGGAGGGCAACAUGGCAUGGGCAAGGUACCCAGAUUUCCAAAUAUCCUCGGGUGAGUACAAUCUGCAAAUUGGCCAAUACGACGCCAGCAGCACUGCCGGUAACUCUCUUCGGUAUCAUAGAGGACGUCCCUUCUCAACAAACGAUCGUGACAAUGAUAAAGGGCAGUCAAAUUGUGCACAAUCUUUCCACGGAGCUUGGUGGUUUAAGGAUUGUUUGCUCUCCAACUUGAAUGGUCGAUAUUACCCAAAUGAGCAUGUAACAGCUGAUGAGAGGGGCGUGCAUUGGUUUGAAUGGAAAGGCUCUUCCUAUUCUCUGAGAACCUGCCAGAUGAUAAUGCGUGCGAUGGGACCCUGAAUACAUUUUUUCGAGCAUGUUU